GUGGCUUGUUGUACUUCUCGCUGAAAAUGGCGGAAAAACAAACUGAGAAAGACGGACAAUGCGUUUUACCGUUGUCUAGAAUUAGGACAAUAAUGAAAAGUUCUCCAGAUGUCGGUAGCAUAAGUCACGAGGCGCUGUUUUUGACCGGAAAGGCAACGGAAAUGUUUGUGAAAAAUUUAGCCACCAUUUCAAGGGAGAAAAGCAAAGACAAGAUGAAUGUCAACUAUAAGGAUCUGGCUGAAGUUGUCAACUCCGAUGAUGUUCUCCAGUUUCUUCAAGAUAUCAUCCCUCGGAAGAUCAAAGCCAGAGAAUAUCUGGAGAAGCUGGAAGAUGAGGAUUCCUCCUGAUAUCUUAUCAUACACAGGCCUGACCGGGCCCAACAACCAAUCAAAUUGCUUCAAAUAAGCAUAACAUUCAAAGACAGAAUUUUCAUUUUCAAGAAAAAGUUGGUAGACAACCAUGUAUUUCUGAGGAGUAAGAUACAUUGACAAGAACAACGACAAAUAAGAAAUUGUUUACUUCAUUUUAGUUGCAGCUUUGUAAGUUGAUGACUUAUUUUGAAAUGUAUUAUGGCAUUUUGUCAUGUUGGAAGAUUUGUUUAUGUAUGAUAACAUCAUUUAGUUUAAGGAUUAUUUUGUGGGGGGCAGACCCCCAGCUUUUUCUGUGAAACCUUCCUAAGAUGGAUUGUUAGAUUGUUGAGAAGAAUUUGCUCUUUCCAAUAAAAUUAUACAAAUAUUAAA